AUGAAGAAUUUUGGAUACGCUCAAAGUAAUUUAGACCACACCCUUUCCUUGAAGCGUGAUGGAGGAAAAAUCACUACAUUAAUCAUCUAUGUGGAUGACAUGGCCGUACCUGGGAACAACGCGGGAGAGCAACAGAAGCUACAAAAGUAUUUGUCUCAGGAAUUUGAGAUGAAAGAUUUAGGAAUGCUUGGAUGUAAGCUUGCUGACACACCUAUUGAGACGAAUCACAAGUUGUAUGAAGACAUGGAUCGAUUGCUAAUCAAUAAGGAACAAUACAACACCUUGUUGGAAGGUUGA